CUGGUUACACUAGGGUACGCCGUUUUGCUGGUCCAGACCACUUCUGACAACUGGAAUAAUGCUGGCCGCAAGUCGCCGAGUCUUGGCUGCAUGCAGCACCCGUGCUGUCACCGCCGUGCGCUUUGAGAGUAGCGGUGGCCAUGCGCAAACGAGGAAGGUGAAGGUUCUCAGUUCACGUUUGCCCAGCGACGGACCGGGUCUGGGAGACUUUUUGCGUGAAUCGCAGACUCAUGACCACCAGCGAACGGCUGAGGCAGCGCGCGAGCCCAGCGAGAUGAAUUUCCCUGUACCUCCUACAAAUAUGCGAUCGCUAGAGGAACUGGAGGAAGAGCAGACGUUGCGCCGUCGCUCCUUCUUCAUUGAGACGUACGGCUGCCAGAUGAACUCGGCCGACUCGGAGAUCGUGCGUGCCAUCCUGCUGGAUAAUGGCUACACGCCGGCGUCCACCGCCGACGCAGCCGAUGUGGUGCUCCUCAACACAUGCGCUGUCCGCGAUAACGCAGAGGCCAAGAUCUGGAACCGCCUCGAGUCGUUGCGCCAAAUCAAGGCCAAGCUAUUGCGCCGGCAGCACAAGGAGGUGCAGACCGUCGGUGUCUUAGGCUGCAUGGCCGAGCGACUCAAGAAGAAGCUGCUCGAAUCGGACAAGAUGGUGGACCUAGUGGUGGGACCCGACGCUUACCGUGACAUCCCCAAUCUAUUGCGCGUCGUGCUUGGCAGUGGCGAAGCCGCCGUCAACGUGCAGCUCUCGCUGGAUGAGACAUACGCCGACAUUGCGCCUGUGCGCGCCGACCAACACAGUCCGUCGGCCUUUGUGUCAAUUAUGCGUGGUUGCAACAACAUGUGCUCCUACUGUAUCGUACCGUUCACACGCGGACGUGAGCGCAGUCGUGUCAUGAACUCGAUUGUCGACGAGGUGCGUGCACUGAGCGGCCAGGGCGUGAAGGAGGUCGUACUGCUCGGGCAGAACGUCAACUCGUACCAUGACAAGAAGUCCGAAGGCGCAGCUGAGAAGGGCCGCGGCUACGUUUCGUCCGCCGGCUUCAGCAACAUGUUCCGCUCGCGUGACGCUCCUGGCUUCCGAUUCGCCGAUCUGCUAGACGAAGUCUCGCGUGUUGACCCGGAGAUGCGUCUGCGCUUCACGUCGCCACACCCGAAGGAUUUCCCGAACGAAGUGCUAGAUCUCGUGAACGAAAGACCGAAUAUUUGCAAGCAGAUCCACAUGCCAGCUCAAAGUGGAAGCACCACAAUGCUAGAACGCAUGCGUCGUGGCUACUCGCGUGAGGCGUACCUGGCGCUGGUGGACAACAUGCGUGCUCGUAUUCCUGGUGUGGCGAUUUCCUCUGAUUUCAUCGCUGGUUUUUGUGGCGAGACUGAGGAAGAGCACGCCGAUACGAUCUCUCUUAUGCGCCAAGUGUGCUACGACCAGGCUUUCAUGUUUGCCUACUCCGUUCGCGCCCGUACGCACGCAGCACACCGCAUGGAAGAUGACGUUUCUCAAGAAAACAAGCUGCGUCGCCUGCGAGAGGUUAUUGACACGUUCAGUGAGGUGGUGACGCGCAAGAACCACGUCGAGGACUCGGAGCGUCUGCACAUUGUACUCGUCCAGGGUCCCAGUCGCCGAUCGACGGAUGAAAACCCGAAGCUUACGGGUCUCACAGAUACUAGCAAACGCUGCGUGUUCCCCAACCAGGAAAUACCGGGAUCGUUGCGUGCUUUCACGAAGCAGGCAGGAGAGUUGGCAUCCGAGUUCCUGCCUCUGCCCAGUGUUACAUCUGAGAGCGUUCACGCUGCUCCGGGCGACUAUGUGCUGGUGCGCGUCCGCGAGGCUGGGCGUCACACUCUCCAUGCUACGCCUGUGGCACGCACCACGCUACAGGAAGUCGCAGAGCUUGUGCCAGCAGAGCUGCUCGGCGCCCGACCGCAUUCGCAAGACGCGCUGGAGCUAUAGAUAUUAGACGCUACAUUUCCUUACGAGGCAGCAACCAAACACCAUGUAGUAGCAAAAGAAGCACGUAUUUUCCCCUCAUCAUCUGCUGACCUAGUGAGCGGCCACGGCGCCUUUGGCAGCCUCCGCCGCGCGCUUCUGCAUCUCCAUCUGCAUGUUGGAGAUCUGCUCAAUAACAAAAUAACAGCCAGUAAAAUGUCAGUCACCAGCGUUUUGCAG